AUGCCUACAGCUCAACAAGGUCAAAUAAAUGAUGGAGAGGGAGCAACAAAUGCAAUACAAAAUGAACUAGCGCAGUGGAAAUUAAGAAGAGGACAAAUAAAGAGUCAAUUAACAAAAUUUCAGGCAUUCUUAUCCGACGAGAACAGUAAAAAUAAAACGCAAUUGAGAUUACGAAAAGAAAAAAUAGAAAAAUUGUGGGAAGAAUUUGAUAACAUACAAAAUCAUAUAGAAGCUAAAGACACAAGUGAGGAUCAAGUAAAUUAUAGAGAUACGUUUGUAGAUAUGUAUUUCGAUCUUAUCGCAAAAGCUGAGGAUAGGUUAGCGCCUAUAAACGAUGAAAUUAAAGAAGCGGAUAAAAAUUGUAUAAUAAGAGAGUCAAACAAUUUAGCGCAGAAAUCAAGCUACAUAAAAUUAAAACCUAUAGAAAUACCGAUAUUCAAUGGGUCAUUUGAAGAUUGGUCAGCAUUUCAAGAUAUGUUUAGAUCACUAGUGCACGAAAAUGAGGGAUUAACAAAAGUACAAAAAUUUCAUUAUUUAAAAAUGUCGGUAUCAGGAGAGGCAUCAAAAAUAAUUAAAAAUUUAGAAACAACCGAGAUUAAUUACAAGUCGGCGUGGAAAAUAAUAACAGAUAGGUAUAACAAUAAACGGUUAUUGAUUCAAUCGCAUACAAAAUGUAUUUAUGAGUUACCAUAUAUACGUGACGAGUCAGCAGAAAAAUUAAGGCAAUUCACAAAUACAUUAAACCAGCAUAGACAGGCCCUACAAGCAUUAGAUCACGAUCCUGAUCUAUGGGGUGCACUACUUCUACACGUGAUAACGUCGAAACUCGAUUCAAAUACGGUACGUCAAUGGGAAACAUUAAAUGCACAAAAUGAAUUACCUACUAUUUAUAAAAUGAUUAGUUUUUUACACGAGCGUUGUCAAAUUCUGGAGGCGGUGGAAAGUUCAAAAGGAAAGUAUGAAAAGACAAAACCAAUUCCUCGAAAGUUACACAGUUAUACCACUAGAUUGGACCAGUGCAAAGCGCGAAAAUGCAAUCAAUGCGACAAAUCGCAUAAUUCGCUGCUGCAUAAGAAUAAUACACAAAUGGGUAAAAACAUACAAAUAAAUAAAGGAGAUAACUCAUCAGAUAACAAACCGAUCGAUAUAAUAGAAGGCUGCGGUAAUGAUGAAGAAACGGAACAAAGCUCAAUAGCAAACGCGAUGUCUUUUACGUCGGUAUAUACAGAGCGAGCAAAAAAUAAUAAACAGGUUUUAUUAGCAACCGCAGUCAUACAAAUAUUAGGCAAGGACGGCAUAUGGUACACAUGCCGUGCGUUACUAGAUAGUGGAUCCCAAAGUAAUUUCAUCACCGAGGAGACAAUGAAAAAAUUAAAUUUACCACGAAAAAGAGUAAACUUACCUAUUACUGGUGUGGCAGAAAGCAAACAUAACGCGGAAUACAAACUUAACAUAAUAAUACGAUCACGGGUAAAUUCAUUCCAACUAAUUAGACAAGUAUUAGUAUUAUCAAAAAUAACUGGCUGUCUACCAACAAAUACAUGCAAUGCACUAAAAUCAGUUGUACCCGAAAAUAUCAUAUUAGCAGAUCCGCAUUUCUAUCAACGCGGAAAAAUAGAUAUACUUAUAGGAGCGGAUACAUAUUGGGAGAUUAUGGGUACUAAUAUUUUCAAAGUUAAUCCGUCUGGUCUACACCUACAAGAAACAAAGUGGGGCUGGAUAGUGGCGGGAGGAAAUGCACAAGGCGCGGAGAUCGCAUUAAACAGUUGUAUGUUUACAUGUACGGAACACGAUAUUAGUUUAUCGGAAAAAAUUGAAAUGUUUUGGAAAGUAGAGGAAUGUAUAUCAAAGGAAAAUUGGUCAAAUGAAGAAAAACGUUGUGUGGAGUAUUUUACAAAAAAUACAAGACGGGAUGAGCCGGGAAAAUUUAUUGUAAAGUUACCAUUAAAAGAUAAUGCAGUGCAAUUAGGCAAAUCGUAUGAUAUCGCUAUGCGCCGAUUCUUGUCAUUAGAACGACGAUUAACAAAAUUCCCGGAAAUAUAUAAUCAAUAUAGAGAUUUCAUGCAGGUGUAUUGUGAACUUGGUCAUAUGGAAGAGGUAAUCAACAAUGAAAUAAAUAACGAUGGACGCGAUUGUGUAUAUAUCCCCCACUCAUACGUAGUAAAUGAAGAUAGCCGUACAACAAAACUACGUGUGGUAUUCGAUGCGUCAAGUAAAACAGAUGCAAGUAUAUCACUUAAUGACGUAUUAAUGAAGGGUCCAGUCAUACAAGAAGACCUAAUUAAAAUUAUCGCACGCUUUAGAACGCAUAAAUAUGCGUUUUCAAGCGAUAUUACGAAAAUGUACCGUCAGAUUUGGAUAGAUAAAUCACAUCGUAAUUAUCAACGAAUAUUGUGGCGACCUAACAAAGAUGAAGAAAUUAAAAUAUAUCGUCUGUGUACUGUCACAUAUGGCACAGUAUCGGCGAGUUUUCAAGCCAUAAAAUGUUUAUCAAUGUUAGCAGAAGAAACUAACAAUAAAUUAAUAUCGAAUAUAAUUAAAUACGAUUUUUGCGUGGAUGAUUGUUUAACAGGAGGUUUCAAUCUAUCAAAAACUAUAGAAUUACGUAAUGAUUUAAUUUCCACAUUAGGCAAAGGAGGAUUUACUAUGGACAAAUGGACAGCAAACAACGAUGAGUUAAUUAAAAAUAUUCCCAAUGUCAAUUCAAAUGAAUUCACAUCAUUAGAUUUAGGUUAA